GGAGCGUGCGCGCGCCCGAGUGCGCGUGUCUUUGGCGCGGGCUCCCGGGGUCUCGGCUGCCAGCGAUCGGCUUUGAAGAGCAGGAACUGCGGACAGCAAAAGAGGCGUGAUCAGGGGUUCUUAUUGGUGUGGGCCACACCCUCUCAUUUGUCACCAGACCCCGCCUUCAGCAGUCAGGGACUCCAGCCUCACCCUGAAUUCAUUCAUUCUGCGACUAGUGAGUGCGUGGGGAGUGAGGGUGAUUCAGACCCUCUCUCACCUCGGGGAGUUCAGGGCACGGUGGGGAAAUAUGGAUCUAGCCUCCAGCCAUACCAGCCUAGGGCUGUCAAGAAGCCUUCAAGACCCUGGGACCCUUUACACAUCGGGAAGGCUUCCCAGAGAAAGUGAGGCCUAAACCGGGCCCUGAAAAAUGGUUAAGAGGUUGCUCAAGGGACACAUUGGCAAGAGAAUUCUUGGCAGAAGAACCUGAGACGUGAAGGAAACAGGUGAAUUCUGGUAAUUACGUGGGAGAGGUCAACAGUCUGGGAAGUUGGUACGACAGAGCUGGAUGUGAUCCUCAGGAGAGAAUGGUGCUGGACUCGGGGACCCAAGUGUAUGAGCAGGCACCCCCCAGCCCACCUGCCGGUUCCCCAUCUCCGCACCAUAAGCUGAAGCCCUCAAACCAAAAUGGGCCACCUCUGUACCCCUGGCCUCAGUCCCUGGGUAUGCCCUUGGCUCUGGCAGUUCCCUCAGCACUGCAGCAGCAGACUAUGUGGCAGACCUUCUCAGAGCUGCACUUGGAACAGCGUAGCCACAUGCGGCGCAGCGAGAGCACCUACAGUGUAAAUAGUACUGGCCGGCGGGGGCGUGGCAAAGCCCCAGCUGGACGGGGUUGUGAUCCAGGAGGGACCCUGCGGCCUGCAGCCUCCUUACCUCAUAUUGCUAAGAUUCGAAAGGAUGUAGGCAGUAAUAGCAGCAGCAAGAGCCCCUGUAUGCUGGUGGCCCUGCGGCCAACUAACAUGGAACAGGAACGGGAAAAGUUCUUCCAGUCUCAUUAUACCUACAAUCCACAAUUUGAGUAUCAGGAACCGAUGCCAAUGAGUGUGCUGGAGAAGUACCAGGAGGCCUCUGCACAGUUUAUGCAUCAGGCAGUUGGCAUCAUUGAGGCUGUCCUGGAGAAGUUUGGCACUUAUGAAAACUUUGAGGCUGCCACAGGGGGCCAGCUGCUGACCAAGUGCCAGAUUUGGUCCAUUGUGCGCAAAUACAUGCAGAAGGAAGGCUGCGUUGGGGAGGUUGUGGUGCAACUGAGUGAAGAUCUGCUAUCCCAGGCAGUAAUGAUGGUGGAGAACAGCCGACCCACACUGGCCAUCAACUUGACUGGAGCCCGCCAGUAUUGGUUGGAAGGCAUGCUGCGGCACGAGAUAGGCACCCACUACCUGCGUGGUGUGAAUAAUUCGCGGCAACCAUGGCACAGCGCAGAAGGCAGACUGCAGUAUGGCCUUCAGCCAGCCAACCCCACUGAGGAGGGCCUGGCCAGCCUGCAUAGUGUGCUCUUUCGAAAGCAACCAUUCCUGUGGCGUGCCGCCCUGCUCUACUAUACCAUCCACCAGGCGGCGCGCAUGUCCUUCCGCCAGCUCUUCCAGGAUCUGGCGCAAUAUGUGCAGGACGAGGGUGUGCGCUGGGAGUACUGUGUCCGUGCCAAGCGAGGACAGACGGAUACCUCCCAGCCAGGCUGCUUCAGUAAGGACCAGGUGUACCUGGAUGGCAUUUUGCGCAUCCUACGGCACCGGCACACCAUCGAUUUCCAACUGCUGACCUCACUGGGCAAGGUCUCCUAUGAAGAUGUGGAACAUCUGCGGCCCCAUGGGGUACUAGAUAAUACCAGAGUACCCCACUUCAUGAAGGACUUGGAACGUUACCGGCAGCAGCUGGAACACAUCAUGACCACCAACCGACUAGAUGAAGCGGAGCUGGGCCGCCUACUGCCCGACUGAUGUUGACUAAGGGUUAUAGACAGAAGUUCUUGGCAGAGGUCACAGAUGAGAAUAUGAAGUUCUUUAUGGUUCCAUA